GGUAUACACUAAUACAUUCAUGAGCCGAAGAGAAAUAAAGAGAUCAUCGAAACUUUUAGUCAAACACAUCUAUGGAAGGCAAUACUUUCACCAUUGAAGAAGCCACCGUUGAAGAAAUCCAUCAAGCAUUCUCCGACAACCGGCUCACCGCAAGGCAGCUAGUGGAUUUCUACUUGAACAGAAUCCAGACCCUCAAUCCAGUUCUACGAGCCGUGAUCGAGGUCAACCCCGAUGCAAUUGAACUAGCUGACCUGGCUGAUCGGAAAUUGAAGGAAUGCAGGGAAAAUGGCACUGGAAUUAAUGAAUUGGGCGAGUUGCAUGGGAUCCCUGUGUUGCUCAAAGACACAAUUGGGACUAAUGAUAAGUUAAAUACAACUGCCGGGUCGUAUGCGUUGAUGGGUUCCAAGGUUCCGAGAGAUGCAGAGGUGGUGGAGAAGCUGAGGAAAGCAGGGGCCAUCAUAUUGGGGAAAUCUAGUCUUAGUGAAUGGUACAAGUUUCGAUCUUUGUCUGGAGUUCCAGAUGGAUGGUGUGCUAGAGCUGGCCAAGGCGUGAAUCCUUAUGUUCAUUCUGGAACUCCUUGUGGGUCAAGCAGCGGAUCAGCAAUAGCUGUAUCAGCCAAUAUGGCGGCAGUCUCUCUUGGAACAGAGACACACAGUUCCAUUAUCUGUCCAGCAGGUCACAACUCAGUGGUAGGCUUCAAACCAACUGUUGGGCUAACCAGCAGAGCUGGCGUCAUACCGAUGGCACCACGUUGGGACAGCAUUGGGCCGAUAUGCAGGAGUGUAUCGGAUGCAGUUUGUUUGCUCAAUGUGAUUGCUGGUUUGGACCCAAGAGAUACAGCAACUGCUGAAGCUUCCAAGUUUAUUCCUGAAGGAGGCUACAAACAAUUUCUCAACAGAAAUGGCCUGAAAGGAAAGAGAUUAGGCAUUGUCAGACACCCAUUCAUGGAGAAUAUUCAGGAUUCCAAUGAAAGUAAAGCUUUUGAUCACCACAUCAAUAGACUAAGGCAGGAAGGUGCUGUCAUAGUGGAUAACCUGCAUUUAGCAGACAUCGACACAAUUCUGGAACCCAAUCACAGUGGUGAAAUAUUAGUGAUGAUGGCUGAAUUCAAGACUUCCAUUAAUUCAUACCUCAAAGAGUUGAGCAAUUCUCCUGUGAGUUCAUUGGCAGACAUUAUUGCCUUCAAUGAGAAUAAUCGUGAACUGGUUGGUAUUCCCUCUUCAUUUUAAUCUUAUAUUAUGGUUACAUCCUUCCUUUGCCUUAAAAAGAGAAACAAAAUAUACGGUUAACUUCAAUCUCAGGAGAAGCUCGAUGAACAUGAUCAGCAAACAUUUAUUCACGCUGAAGAUAUAGAUGGAUUUGGGGAGCAAGAGAAGGCUGCAGCGAGGAAGCUUGAGGAUCUUUCUCGGAAAGGAUUCGAGAAACUAAUGCAGGCGCACAAGUUGGACGCGAUGGUGACACCAGGAUCACGUGCCUGUGCUGUCACGGCAAUUGGCAGGUGUCCAGCAAUAACUGUUCCGGCAGGUUAUGGAAGCGAUGGAAUGCCCUUCGGGAUCAGUUUUGCGGGGUUGAAGGGCAGUGAGCCAAAGCUGAUUGAGAUAGCUUAUGCAUUUGAACAAUCAACCAAGAUCAGAAAGCCACCUCCUUCCUUUACUGAAACCUCUACUUGGAUCCGACAAUGAUCCUCUUCUUCGAAUAGUUGAAUAACUGAGAAAUAAUGUAUCAAUCUUCUAUGUGAUCCCACAAGGUGAAAAACUCAAAAAUUUUAUUCGGCAAUUCGGCAGUUUUAAUUUUCAACUUUGAACGAUAACGAUACCGGCUCUGUUUGGGGGGUUUUUUUUUUUUUUUUGGAUGAUUUUUUCAGAAUAAUUUUAUAAUUUUAUCAAUAAAAUAUCUCC